AUGAGUCAGAGGAAGAAGAGACCUAUGGUCUUCAGCUGGCAAAAAUCUUUUGCUGUACUCAACCCGUGGAGGAAAGGGAAAGGAGAUAUGAUGUUGGAGAAUGAAGUUGUGCUGACCAAGAUGAAGCUCUUCCACAACUUCAGUGACAGACUGUUAAAUAUUGAUGACUCUGUGUCAACCAUUUCGAUGACCAUGUCUGAGCAGGAUGCCUCCGAACCUGUGCAAGCGGAAGUGAUUUCAGUCCACAGUGCUCCACCUGAACAAGUCACAGUGCCAAAAACAGACUACCUGUCUACCAUUUUCUCAGACUCUCAGCUUCCCAGGUUAUAUAAAUUUGAAUCUGAGGACUCUGGAGUAGAGUUGCCCAGUGGGGCAAACUCACCAUCCACUCCAACUGGCUCAGAGCAAAGUUUUGUCGUCCACAGUCGUGAGUCCUCCUGUGACUCUGGAAACCCGAACUCUGACACCCCAGCUUCUGAUCCUCUCCUUUUACUCGAAAAGUGUCCAGACACCAUAGAGACUGAACAAACUUGCACCGGUGCACGCGAGAGUGAUGACUUAGAACUGGAAAACAGAACAGAAGCUGAAGAGAGGGCAUAUAUUCAUUUAGCAGACAUCACUGAGGUUUCGGAGGGGGCCGAGGAUGGGACCUUGAGGAACACCACAGAGGAUUGCGAAGGAGGCUUGGAGUGUCCAGAUUCUGGACUGACCACUGCACAGACUGCAGAGACUGCAGAUGAAUCUAAACAGAGCAGUCCAGACUCAAUUGAAGCGUAUGACGGCAACACAGGGGCAGAGUUUCAACAGCAGCCACUGAGGAAAAGUACAACCAGUGACAGCUUAGACGAGUACAUGGAGGAGUGUUGUAGGUUGAGUGAGGUGAAUCAGGCACGGUCGAACCCUCUGGGAUCAGGACUGGGUUACCUGGAACAUAUCUGCCAGCUCAUCGAGAAGAUCGGACAGCUCCAAGAGCACAACCUCAAACUCCAGAAACAGAUCUGCAAUCUACAGAGGGACAGCAGAAUGACCAAGACCAAAGAGGACUUCUUUGUCCAGCACUGUGGCUGUGGAGCAGCCAGCCUGGCCUUUCAGGAGCUGAAACACCAUUCCCGAAGCGAAUUCCACAACCUGACCGCUUCCAACGGCACACUGUCUGACCUGACCACCAUUCCGGAGGUCGCGCGCCUCUCUCUCAGGCCGGCUCGGAGAGAUGGGGAUGGGGUCUACCAGCCAGCUGUGCCCCUGUGGAGAAGAGGGCUAAACAGGCGAAGUUACACAGAGGGCGAGGCCAGGUACCUGAGCGACCGCGCCGAGGUCCUCUCUGCCCCCCACCGACGGCUGAGCGAGAACUACACGUGGGGCAGAGUGAAGGAGCUGGUGAGGAAGACCAGACUAAGGAACCAGAGCAGACUCGGCCUGUGCUCCAGCUCUCUGAAGAGAUCCUGCCCGCAGCUCUACCGCCCUGACGUGGUGGCUGCGGAAGCAUCCAGAAGAGACAGAAAUUCGAUGAUUGCCCUAGGUCAUCAGAAACUGGACUAUCUCUGA